AUGAGUUGCCGGGGCAGCCUUGCCGCAUGGUCAAGCAUCCACGACGUCACGUUAUUGCUGCCAACAACAGCAUCUUACUAUCGGCAUAUAGGAAGACACGCAGCUCAUCAAUGUGGACGAUGUCCAGUGCUCGGCAAGCCACCAGAGAUCGGGGUGAAGAGGGAUGGAUGGAUGGACCGGGGGCACCCAACAUGUAAUGCGUACCUGGCCGAAGAGUUCGAGACGAACGCGGUACAAAACUUCCCCGUGGGCAAGGAAGCAGCCGUCCUCACCACCGUGCCGGAUCUGACGGAGAAGGUGUCGGCCGGAUCUGGGGGAAGGCGAGCAGCCGCUUCCCAUCACAAAUUGGGAGCCCGGCUGCCUGCUUAUGAGGGUGUCGUGUCGUGGGCGACGAGGCUGAGUGCCAAGGAGGCCAGCGAGUUCCGACCUAUCUCCGCAAGGGCGACGCGUGACUCCCCACGCCGUUGCGCCGCCGAAUGCCACCGACCUCGCGCGGCUCCCCACGACUGA